AUGACCGAGUCUUCAAAUAAUGAGCCAGGGGGCUUCAUAGUACCCUCGUAUCCUUCGCCUGCUCCGAGUAAUGCGUCAGUUAACUCUAUUGCGUCAAAUCUCCCUCACCCGCGCUCACAUCCCUUGAAAGCUGGAUCAGCAAAGGAAGAUGCUGCGAGACGGUAUGUUGAGGGGAGAUUAUUGCAUAUUUCGAGACGGUAUGCGAAGAAAUUUCAACCUUUGAGUGAGAAUGAGAGUUCAGCUCUAAAGGGAUAUGAGAGCAUGAGUGAAGUAGCCAAGGAUCUGGGUGAAGUUGUUGAUGUGGUGUGGCUAUCUGGCACCCCAAGUUUACAGAUCCCAUACUUGCUCAAUAUUGCAGGGUCAGUGACUUCAUACCUCACGGCAUUUCCACCGUCUCCUAGAGCUACGUUUGGACUUUUGAAGAAGCUAGAUCAUGCAUUUGCUAGUCUGUUGAAAGGUGAGGACGAUGUUACGGGUGAGAUAUUACCAGGCUUUUCAGGUGGCAUGAGAGCUGGGAUGUCAAAGACGGAUAUGAUUAGGUGUAAAAGCUUAGUCGAACAAACGAGGGUUAUAGUCGUUGAUGUUAUGGGCAAGGAGCCUAUACUGGAAAUAGAUGUUGAUGAGAGUGGUGCGGAGACAGAUGCUGAGAUGGAGAGCACGGGAUGGGAUGCUGAGGAGUUGAAGUAUGAAAUGGAUGUUGCCAGAGUGUAUGAGCAGACGAUUGUUCUGCUUGGCGAGAAGCUGGAGGGUGGGACGUUCCAGGCUAUUACCAGUGAGGGUUGA